AUGGAUCGGAGUUGGAUGUAUAAAAAACGCAAUACACUUGAAUAUGUUCAUGGGGUUCAAGAGUCUGUUAAAAUUGUCGAGGAAUAUGCAAGUAAAAUUGGUGAAAAUUAUAUAGUGUGUCCUUGUUAUGAUUGUAGAAAUCUAAAAAAGUUUUGUAGUUCUGAACAAAUUAAGGAACAUUUGAUACGUCGUGGUUUUAAGAUAGGAUAUGACCGGUGGAUAUGGCAUGGUGAAACUGUCCUUACUAGUAACAGUACAAAUCAAAGAGAAUGUAGAAAAAAUGUAGAGAAAGAUCAAAGUAAUGAAGAUAAUGUUGGAAAUGAUGGAGACAAUGAUCGGCUAGAUGAAUUGAUGCGGGAUAUGCAAGGGGAUUUGAAUGAAAUGCCUCAAGAGUUUGAAAGUUUUUUUGAGAGUUCUGGAAAACCUUUGUUUUCUGGAUGUAGUAAAUUUACAAAGUUAUCAGCAGUGCUUAAAUUGUAUACCGUAAAAGCAAAACAUAGGUGGAGUGAUAAGAGUUUCACGGAGUUAUUAGAGCUUUUAAAGGGCAUGCUUCCAAAUGAGAAUGAACUUCCUUAUUCAACUUAUGAGGCAAAGAAAAUGUUAUGUCUAUUGAGUAUGGAGAUUGAAAGGAUCCAUGCAUGUCCAAACGACUGUAUUUUGUAUUGGAAUCAAAACAAAGACUUGCAUGUGUGUCCAAAGUGUGGAGCAUCGCGUUAUAAACGAAAAGGGCUCGAUGAUGCAUGUGAGCAGAAGAAAGGUCCUCCAGCGAAGUUAUUGUGGUAUCUACCCGUGAUUCCAAGAUUCAAACGUUUGUUUGCAAAUGCAAAGAAUGCGAAGAAUAUGCAAUGGCAUGCUAGUGGGAGAAAAGAAGAUGGAAAGUUGAGACAUCCUGCCGAUUCUCCUCAGUGGAAGAACAUUAAUAAGAAGUUUCCUGAUUUCGGUGCUGAAAAUCGAAAUCUUAGGCUUGGACUAUGCACAGAUGGAAUGAAUCCUCAUGGUAACAUGAGCAGUCGCCAUAGCACUUGGCCAGUUCUUUUAACAGUUUACAAUCUUCCUCCGUGGUUGUGUAUGAAGCACAAGUACAUCAUGUUAUCAUUGCUAAUAUCUGGUCCUAAACAACCAGGAAACGACAUAGAUGUGUACUUGGCACCGCUUAUUGAAGAUUUAAAGAUGUUGUGGAAUGAAGGUGUGACAGUAUUUGAUGCUCAUAGUCAAACCAACUUCACUUUACGAGCCAUGCUGUUCUGCACAAUUAAUGACUUCACAGCAUAUGGUAACUUGUCAGGUAUACUACUAAAGGGGCUAAGGCAUGCCCUGUUUGUGAAGAUGAAACAGUUGAUCUUUGGUUGA